GUUAUGCAUGGGUUUGGGUCGGGUCAGCGGCUGUCCGAUGCUCUAUAAAUACCGACACUAACCCACGAGUACACCAAACCAUUUGCCACUAUCAACAAGGAACAACUAGAGAUAUUCUGAAACACAACCCGGACCGCAAAAAAUGAACGGAAUCAUUUCUAUUUGCAUCUUUAUCUCUCUUGCCGUUGUGGCUGUUCAUUGUCAGCGGCGGGAACAGGAACCGAGCUGUCCCGAGUUCAAUUCUCGUUACGAAGGCGAGAAUCUCAUUAUCUCUCUCAACGAAGGAUGUGAUAUGGUCGUCGGAACUCUUGAUAUUACCGGUCUGAGUGGAAUGGUUGCGGGCGUACCCAACACAGGAAGUGGAUUAGUAACAUCUGUCAGGGGACUCCACAUCCCGACUGUUACAUACAGAAGACCCCAAAACAUAUGGGACAUCGUCCGCCCGGAAAUGUCCCGCCAAGUCUGUCCGCCAUUCACUGUCCGAUAUCUAGGACCCCGUGUUGUCCUGGAUACAGUGCCCAACACUUGUCAGAAGGUUGUGGGAGUGCGAACUUUCCAGGCGAUGAUUACAGGAGAAGGAUCCGAGGGACGUCAAGGAAUGAUGAUGGUAACAAGGGCAAUGUUCGAAAACCCAACACGGAGGUUGUGAGCGGGAUAACGGAUGGAUUAUAUAUAAUACAUAACGGACGGAAGUAGGAUAAAUAACGGAUAU